AUGACCACACUCUUCAUUGUAUUCAAGCUCGUCGCUUCAACAUUCACUGUCCUCUGCACCCUCACCGGGCUACAAGCCAUCAUCGACCCCUCGGGCUUCUCCAAGCAAUUCGGCAUACCCAUCCCCCUGCCCAGUCCUUCCAAGUCACAAUCCGCCAGCUCCGCGUCACACUCCACCACAGCGGCCUAUAUCUCCCUCGUCGGCGCUCGUCAACUCGGGACAGGCCUCACCCUCCUCGCGUUCAUAUCGCAGGGCAAGUGGUCGGCUGCUGCUACGGUAUUGGCGGUUAUUGGGGUGGUGGUGGCUGGGAUGGACGGGCUGUACAUAGCCAGAUCGGGGCCAGGGAGGACUCCGCCUUUAUCCCCUUCCAUUCCCCCCGCCCACCAACCCUUCCACGCACAAGCUCCUCCUGUCUCAUCCAUCCCCUCAGGCGCUCUCUUACACCUACCCGCCGAGAUCCUCACCCGCAUCGCAGACAACCUGGAUCGGAAUGGCGCCCUCGCCCUCGCGCGGACGGCCAAGCGGUUCAUCCCCUUCACAGAGGAGCCCAUCUGGAGGGCUCUCGAGAUCUCCGCGCAUGGCGUAUCGGAUGUAGAGGAUUACAGGCAGAGCUGGCCCGCCGAGGAGAGGUGCCGGACUGCUCUCCGCUCGAAGGUCAGGGAGAUCUUGCGCAAAGGUGACGGAAGGCGGUUCGACAUGGUCAAGCAGCUCCGCCUCACCCCCUGGCCGGGCUUGAUUUGCGGCGCGGUCGCCCUUCUAGAUCUAAUCUCCUUCAGUCUUGAGGAGCUGAUUCUAGAGUCGGCGGGAGAUCCCUGGGAGCGGGAAACGCUCGACAUCUAA